GGAAUUCUUUGGCUUAUGCAAAACUAGGCAAAAUGGCAACGGAGGAUGAGACGGAUAACCGUAAGAGCGAAGGAGGACCAGGCUUAGGAGGCAGUGCCGUGCAGAGCAAAGAAGGGCAGAAAAAUAGAGAAUCGACGAAUCUGGAUGGUACCAAAGGGAACCGGAAGGAAAUCUCCUCAGGGGAAAGCUCGGGGAAAGCCGGGGAAAGCACGCAAGGAACUCAGGAAACCAAGGAGGGCAGGAAUAAGGAUAGGACAAGCCCGCGGAAUUCAGAGCAAGUUGUGUCUAAGAAAAUGCAGGUGACCCCUAUGGGCUUUACGAACGCGGUAGCCGAAGCGCAAAGGAGGAUGCUCGCCGUAGCCGGAGAUAUGUUUCCAGAGAAGUGCGAAACCUACAUCGACGAUAAUCCGAUCAAAGGCGCGCAGGAAAAGGACGAGACGGAAGUCCAGCCGGAAAUCCGAAGGUUUGUGUGGGACCAUCUACAAGACACUAAGGACUUACUCUGCCGAUUCCUAGUAUACAAUAUCACGGCUAGUGGACCAAAGAGUAUUCUAGCAGUACCGGAAGUAACCAUACUGGGAUUUCGCUGUGGCGCGUAUGGUAAGAAGCCGGAUCCGGCGAAGACGGACAAGAUAUCGCAAUGGCCAACACCCCUGCGCACGACAACGGAGGUAAGAGCGUUCCUUGGUGUGGUCGAAUUUUGGAGGAUCUUCAUUAAGAAUUUUGCGAAGGUUGCCGAACCUAUUCGGGCCAUGAUCAGAGAAGAGGGAACCAUGGAUUGGACAGAGGAGCGAGAAGGAGCCGUCCAAACCCUUAAGGACAUAUUGACAUCUGAGCAAGUCGCCUUGUUAGCACCUUGUUUUAAUGACGAAGUGGGACGACCGUUCAUCCUAGAAACGGAUGGAGGACCCUUGGCCGUAGGAGGUGUGCUGAUUCAACAGGAUGAGGAAGGGGGAGAGAGACCAAUUAGGUUCGAAAGUAGAACCCUGAACUCCGCAGAACAGCGGUACUCGCAGUUCAAAAAGGAGGUCUUAGCCGUCUUACCUUGCCUCAAGACCUCCCAGGCCUACCUACUUGGGAGACGAUUUAUCUUAAGGAUCGAUCCGACGAAUGUCGCAGGGGCCUUAAAGAACUACAGGCCUAUAGAUCCGACGGUGGGAAGAUGGGUAGGAUUUAUCUGGCAGUUCGAUUACAAGAUCAAACGGAUUGCUGGAAUUAGAAACAAGGCGGAUGGGAUGAGUCGGGUCUGCAUCACUCCCGAAGGGGUGGAGGAUGCGGAGCCCAUAGACACGUUCCUUGAAUUCGAGGGAGGAACUCUUGCGGUGGACAACGAAAGGAUGGGGGAACAAUGCGCAUCGGGAGACCUGUUGAUCCGGACUUUGGAGAAGGGGGCGUCUGCCGUAGUAGCGGAACUCAGAGAAGGACCCGUCACCACUCGAGGUCGUAAAGAGGAGAGAGAUUCAUGGGGAACAAUAGUAGGACCGAAAGAGGAGCUAAUAGCAAUGGCGGUUAAGGGAGGCCGGGAAGCCAUGAUGAGCUUAGUGAAAUCUUGGGAAAAGAAAGAGUUGCAAUGGGUGGUAAACCAGAUGCAGGAAAGAAAGAAUGAGGACCAGGAAGGGAAGAAGAUUUUUUGCGCUCAGAUAUACGAAGGGAUCUUUCGAGAGAUCGAGUUGUUGCUGGUAGGAAACAAGCAACCCUCGGAAGUCAGCGUUAAAGCAACGGAGGAGGCCGAAAGGUACGUCCUAAGGGGCGACCAUCUGUUCCGAAAGGAAGAAGGUGCUAUGCCUAGAAAAGUUGUGUGCGGAAGAUCUAGGCAGUUGGACGUUAUCCAAACAAUGCACGACGGAUUAGCAGGAGGACAUCGGUCGUCCAAAGGAACUCUUGCAAAAAUAGCGCCACUUUAUUAUUGGUCAGGCAUGGCAAGCAUGGUCGCUAUAUACUGCCAGACAUGCCUUAUCUGCCAAGAACGAAGCUCGGCACGUGUCUUUGAGCCACUUAGGCCUACGCGGGUGCUAGAGUCAGGACAUCUGGUCCACCUUGACCUUGCGGUCAUGCCUGUAUCAACAGAUGGGUACAGGUAUAUUCUAGAUGCGCGAGACAACUUGAGUGGGUUCGUGGACGCGGUCGCUCUCAAGAAAAAAACAGGGAGAAGUGUAGCGGAUUGGAUAGAAGACUUCUACUUGAGGCAUCCUUUCGUCAGGAGGUUUAUAGCAGAUAAUGAGAUAGAAUUUGUAAACCAAGAAGUAUUGGGGAUGCUUAAGAGACUUUGCGUACCAAUCAAACUCAUCGAGCCAUAUCACCCAGAGGCCAAUGCACCUGUGGAAAAAGGGCACCGAACCUUAAAGAACACGAUUGCGAAACUCGCAGCAGAUCAUCUGGGAAGCUGGUCUAAGUAUCUCAAGCAGGCUGUCUUUUCAGAGAACAUGGCACCCAAGAGGACAACGGGAUGUAUCCCAGCAGAACGUUGGUAUGGAAGGGAGAUCGACUUUCCCAUUGAGGUCUUGAUACCUACCUGGAACAAGUUAGAUGAUGAUCCGCGAAUGACUACGGAAGAGUUAAUCGAGGCAAGAUGUCAGCAGGUCCUUAAGAACGAAGAGGUCAUGGAAGACAUCGCCAACCGGGUGCGAGACAGCAGGAUGAGGGACAAAGCAAGGUGGGACCAAGUUAAGAAUAUCAGAAAGGAACCACUUCAGGUGGGGGAGACAGUAUUGCUAAGAAACUCGGCACUAGAAAGUACUUGGUCUGGGCAGUUGGGGAGGAGGUUCAAAGGCCCCUACCGGGUCGCCAAGCGGGUGGGACUGAACACCUUCGAACUGGAAGAUUUGGAUGGAACUGGAUUGAAAGGGCCCUUCUCGGGGCAACGAUUGGUCAGGUUUCUAAGUCGGGACCCAGUGGAACAAUGGCUUUAGGAGGCCGAAGAUAAGGAAACUUAGGGGCAACAAGUUAAGGACUGUCAACGGCCAUGCCCGCACUAUGGUUCAAUCUCUGACUGCGCUCGUGGGACUAUCAUUUUCUUUUUUUUGGUUGGGGCAAUGGGUUGGACUGACUUAGGUUGAAAGACAGCAUGACUUGGGAUUUUGGGAUAAGUGGCUUAUGCGACGACGGGAAGGAUUGUUGAGACAGUGUACCAUAGUUUUUGACGGGAAAAUAAUGGGAUCUUCACAAACGGCGCAUUUGCAUAAGGGAG